CGACAAGCCGCCGUGCAGUUCAGUUCUCUCUCUCUCUCUCUCACCACCGCCACCACCACCACCACCACCACCACCGCCACCAUCACCACCACCACCACGGCCAGGCACAAGAAACAUUAUACUAAGAUGGAGGAGAAGGCGGUGGACGGGAAAGAGAAGAAAUACGUCUUGUAUACAGUGGUGGGUGAUGAGCGUGGGCGUGGAGGAGCAGGGGCGUGGGUGGUACGCGUGCUCCUCACUGCCCUGAUGCUCGUUGCCCUGGGGGUGGUGCCGUACCUGUGGCUCAGGCUGGCACAAGUGAAUGACAGAACAGUGGUGGUGUUUCAGCCUGUCCCUGUGCACAACCACUCCUUGCAUCACCAUGAUCGUCUGCGGCACACCCACGGGAAGGCCAUGGCACAGCCGCCGCAAGCCGCUGCCCUGCACCACAAUGCCACAGUCCCGCCAGCUUCCCAAGGCGUGGUUACCCUACAUGAAGCUGCAGUCACCCUAGCGGUUCUCGAGGACACAAACGCCACGAAACACGGCCACGUUAAGCAAGGAAAUGUCUCUAUGGUGGAAGGAAAGGAGAAUUCUACAGACCAUGAGGAUGCUACCCCUCCCCCCACCACUACCUCCCCCCACAGAACAAACGGAUACGCCAGUCACCCGCAGCCUCCUAACAUCACCCAGACUGUUAAUGUUACCCAUGCUGCUUCUCCUAAUGUCACUCACCCGCCCACUACCACCCCUCCACCCACCACCACCCCUCCCCCGACCACCACCACCACUACCACUAAAGAGUUAUCCACUAAUCCCGUGAAUACGACCACUAACGCUACCACAACAACCACAACCACUACUACUACCACGACUACUACCGCUGCUCCUUCGUCUUCUUCCUCUACCACCUCCACCUCCACCUCAACUUCCACCCAGGCCCCCUCCACGACCUCAAACACGACAACAACUACUGCAGCGCCCACGACUGUCACCACAACCACCACCACCACCACCACCACGACCAGCAGGAAGCCUCUGUCACACAAGAUGGCUUACGUCGCAGCAACAGCGUCUGGGAAUCACGUGGGAGGCAUUUGCGUGUGGCGAAAGGACGGUAAUGUCACAAACUGGGCUUACUUCUACGAGAAUAUCCCAAUUGAAUACCAGAGUGCGCAGGAUACUGAAGACCACGAGAUGCGAGGGAUGGCUGCGGCUGUCAAAACAUGGGCACCGCUGUGGGAUGAUCACCAUGUGGUACUCCGCUCUCACCACCAGGCUAUCAAGGGCUCCCCACACCCUACACGCCGCGCCCUGGGUAUCCUCCUGGAAAAAUUAUCAGCUAACCACUUUACUUACGAGCUGGAAUGGCGCCUCAAACGAACAGAUUUAAUGGUUCGAAUCUCUCAUUGUCUUUCGCGCCUGCACCGGGACUUUCAACACUGGAUGCACGCCUUCAGGGACCGCGUGGACGAGCUACUAGGCAAGCAAGACUGGUUUGUGGUGGGUGACAAGCAUCGCACGGUGAUCCCUGAGGAAGCCUUCCACGUUACCCCACCAGACGACGCCCCACCCCUAAUCUUUGACUCCAUGCCCCCAAUGGACCCCUUGGAUUAAGCCCCUGUCCCUAUCCCACUUCCCCUGCCCCUGCCUACUUACAAUUAGGGGCCAAAGAAAAGCAGGGAAGAGAAAAUUUAAAUUAACUUAGCUGGUCAGGUCACAAAAACUAUUCCAUCACAAUUAAAAGGGUGUUAUUCUCUAUCAUCUCCAAACGCCAAGGCACCCCUGAGCUCCCUGGGUUAAGCCUCUGUCCCUAACCCACAGUUCCUGGCCGUGCAGAGUCAGGAAAGGUCAGGGAAGAAGGUCAACACACCUGGCAAACCACCACCACCACCACCACCAUUCCGAUAUCACCUUUCCUUACUUAAACUGUAUUAACUUCCUUAUCUCUAAUCCCAGGGUGCCCUUGAUACCCACAGGUUGAGUCCAUGUCCCUGACUCACUGCCCCUGCCCGCAUGAGGUCAAAGAAGGUCAAACAAGGUCAGGGGGAAAAGGAUAAAUGUAAAUAAGUUUGCUGGUCAGACAACCCUUCACUCCACGCCAUCCAUUGCUAUCACCUUUCCUUAUAUAACCUCCAUUUUCUGCCUAUCUACGCCUCCCUAUAUACCCCAGGCCGCCCCAUAGCACCCCCAGUAGGCCUACGUAACACCACACGAGCUGCCAGUCAUCCGGGAGCAAAAAGAAUACGGUAAAAUAACUCAAAAAUAAUAACGUCAACAAAGCCAGCUAGCGUUGUUUACCUUGUCAGGUGAUGCCGCGUGGAAUGGAGUCUCUUUUCAUCUUGCUUUUUCUUGCGUUUCCCGGCGGCGAGGCGAGAUAUUUAUGAUGUCAGAGUAAAGAGGAACAUUUCAAAGGCAGACAGUGGGCGGUGCAAGAUUCCACGAGCAGCACAACGCGAGGAGAAACGGAAAAAUGCAACGAGUUUAUGAAAGCAAAGCAUGACACUUAACAGGCAGUCAAGUGAAGCUGUGCCCCGCCUCACUUCUUUAUUCCUGUAUUUACUCCUCCAAGGACACUACCGCUUGGUAAAUACUCAUCAGAUUAGGUUAUAAAUAAGACUGCAUCAUUCCUUAACGGUCAAGUGUCUGAGGUAUUGAUGUAAUGUGGAUUUUGAAUGAUGUUUUUGGUGAUGUUUCGAGAUGGUUCAUAAAUCUUGUUACUAAUUCUACCGACAAACUCCCGCUUUGGUAAAUACUCAUGAAGAAAGUGAAUUUUUUUUUUUUUAUAACUUAUAUUACAUCAAUUAUUCAAGUUUAAUGUUACAAAUAUGAAUGUAAUAUGUAUUUUUUUUUUUUUAUUAUUCUGUGAUACAUUUAGGUAUUACACAAUGAAAUGCCUUGACAAGUUAAUCAAUUAUAAUAUUAACUAAAGAUAAGUUGCUUUUUUACGAAUACUCAUGUAAAAAAAAAAACAAAGGUUAUUUAUACGUGUGAAUUAAAUGUGUCUUUUUUUCAUUCUAUUUUGUCAUUCGUAAAUUGUGAGAAUAAUGAUACUCUAUUUUUUUAUAAUUUAUGCAGACCUGUUAAAAAAGAAAAAAAGUCAUUUAUAAGAUAUUUCAAUUGUCCCAGCAAGUGUAGAGGAAGAAAUGUGUAUUUUCUCAUUAAUUCUGUCACUGUCACAUUACGUAGCUCCGUUGGAAAGGAGGGAAAACAUUCACUGCAGGAAAUAUCAAGAAAGGAAAUGUUUUUGAGUGGUUAUGUAGCCCCGUUAGGAAAGAGGAAAAGCUUGUGAGUGUGUUUUAGUGAUCAUGGAAGAGAGAAAAGAGAAUUAAUUAUAUGUGAUUAGAUGAAUGCAAAGUUAUAUAUGAACAAAUAAUUAAUGUUUUGUGUGAUAGUUUUGUCCCAGCUGAAAAAAAAAAGGAAAGAAAAAUAAAUAAAACGAAUUAAAGAAACUGAUGAAAUAGAUAUUAAAAAAAGAGAAAAUAUGGUUUUUAAAAGAGUAAAAAGUGUAAAAUUUAAAAAAAAUACGUAUAUAUAUAUUAAAAACAACAGUAUUGAAGGAAAUUAUUAAACAUUAACGUAAAAAAAAAGAAAAAAGAUCACGAAUAAAAGAGAUAAAAGAAAUAAAUGUGUAAAAAUCAUGUAAUUCUGAUAACUUUUAAUGGAGGAAAAGAAAACCAAACACUGAUAGAAUAAAAAAAUAAAAAGAAAAAAGAAAAAAUACCAUUCACCAUUCUAAACGCAACAGAAAAUGUGAAAUAACGAUAAAAUAAAUAAUACCGAUAACUGAAAUAGAGAAAAAUAAUUAAAAAAAAAACUAAACAAAGGAAAGAAAAAAAA